UGCAGGCAUGCCUUCCCGAGACACCCAACUCAAGAGCGUUGCCUAACCGGCGGCAAGGUGCUCGUUCAAGAACUGCAAACGAGAUUCCGUGCAGACGGCGGGGCUCGGAAGUAACCGGAUAGCCGCUGCAGCAGGCGCCCAGGUGCUGCCACCGCUCGCCAGCCAGCAGCUCGAUAUUUACUUGACUUGGAAGGAGAACAGGAAGGAGUCUAUGGUGAAACGCCAUUCCGCCGUAUUUGGAGAUACUCCCGCCACGCCCGUACGCAGAGAGCCCCUACUUCACGCCGAUGACCGCCAGGCACCGCUACAAUCGAAGCUACGGCUACGCCUGCAGCGAACCUGCCGGCUACCUGGGGAACGACUGUCCGUCAGUGCGGUCUGCCGACUGCUCGCACUGUACGGCCGACGCUGGGUUCUACUCACCGUAUCGACAGCGAGCCGACAACAGCAAGACACCAAGUCGCGCCAGGGACCAGGCGCGAGUAGCCGAGAAGAAAGUUCUGAGAACCUCUGCCUCCACCACCAACGGCUCCGUCCAUCGCAACACGAACCAGAAUCGCCCGACGACCGGCGACAGCGCCGACGACUCCGCCGAUAAAC